GAUGCGUGUCCUUCAUAACGACUUUCCUUGACUGUUUUCAUUGUAUAAUUAUCCAGUCGAGCAGAGCUUCAUAGAUGCGCCGGACGCAGCCACACAACCUAACUCAUACGAGCCGCACCAACCGCUCACCAUAGCGCACCAGGCACUCCAUCCAGACCCGAACGACUGCUGCGACCGACCACCAUGCCACUGCAAAACUACCAAUCCAGCGCCGCCCCCGCAGCAAGAGAUCUCCUCGCCUCCAACGCCGGAUCCGAGCUCAACGGCAAGAACAUAGCCCUCAUUAUCUUUGUCGCCAUCGUACCUGUGCUCAUCGUCGCCGGGGCAGUCGGCUGGCUGCUCUGCUGCUACAGCCGUGGGAAGGGCUGCGGACGCCGGAAGAAGGAGGACAGGACUACGACCAUCCCAGGUGGACCGACUACGUCAGGCGCAAACGCACCAGCGGGAAAGAGCGCGGGAUGGGCACCGAGUCGCCCUGCGCAGGCGCACACAAGGAAUGACUCCAUGCUGAGCAAGAAGUCGAAUGAAAAGGCUCCAACGCUGCCUCGGGGCUUUGUUUGAGAUGAUUUCCAAAGAGGAGGGAAUGAGAUCCUUGAGCUUCAUGAUUUAUGACUUUGCUGUGCGCGGGUUCGUCGGCCUUUACGACGGCGCAUGGAUGGUCGUGUUACCACUGGAUGGACGGACGGUGUAUGAAGACAUUGAAAGUGCUGUACCUGUGCAGUUGAUCUGAACGUCUCGAAGACACUUCAAUGAAGUUCGUGCCGCUAUGGGCGGUGACUACAGUCGAACGUCUGCGGGGAGCCACCAAGCUAUCAGAGCCCGACAGUUGAAUUGCAGAGACACCAGCACACGUUAAGGCAGCAUAUGGUUCCGGCCAACGAGCCCCGGUUGGUUCUAUGGUGUAUUCAAAAGUAU